GUUAUACAGAAAGAUCAACCGAUCACGAAGAGGAAAAAAAAAUUAACCCCAAAAAAAAUGGCUUCCACAUUUCUUCUGGGUCAUGCCCCGAAAUUCACAAUUCCCAUCUCUUUCACUAAUAAACCCAUUAUCAGAUCACGAAACCCAGUUCGUGAUUUCUCCUGCGAUGGCUGUCAAACCCAUCGUUCCUUCUUUAGACCGAUCAUAAUGGCCAAAGACGACAGAAACGGCAACAAGGCGAGCCGUCAUCGCGAUGAGAAGAAGCUCUUAACGCCAUUGAAAAUGGUGGCCGGAGCUUCGCUGGCCGCUGCUUGCGCCUUAAGUUUCUUCGGCUGCAAGUUAAAGAAUAUGAACCCUAGCCCGGCGAUUGCUCAGCCGAGCGCCGCCGACAUGAUGAUAUGGGAAAAGCCGCCGGUCUCGGCCCUGUCGAAUUCCGGGAUGUACCCUUUCCAGGCGAAAUCGGCGUUGAGAUCUCUCUUCGACGUGACCGCGAUGCUCGCCUCUGAAAAACCUAUCCCUCCAUCUAAAGGCUCCUUCAAUCUUCGCAAGCUCCCUCCUUUUCCGUCAAGGGAAGAUAUCGAUUCCAUCAAGCUUGAAGCUAUAAGGCGGAUGAAAGCCGGGAAAUGCGAAGAGGCAGUGCAGAUACUUCGAGACGCAAAUAUGAAGUACAAGAACGAGCCUGAAGCCGAGUUCAGUGUGCAGAUGGCAUUAGUCGAAAUACUGAUAUUGCUGGAAAGAUAUGGAGAAGCUGCAGAGUAUAGAUGUAUAAGCGAUGAGCAUAGCCACAUUUCUGAUGUUCGGAUCCCUCUUUACAAGGCCAUUAUAUACACGAUGCUAGACAGAGAUUCGGAGGCCAAACAGUGUUGGAAAGAGUUCAGAAAAUCUAUCGGAGAAGGCGUUGACUUUGACCCUUUCAGUUUCGGAGACUGAAAUUUCCCAUUAUUUUCACCAGAAAAGAUUUUAAUUUUUUUUUAAAAUUUAUUAUAACUCUUCCAUAAAUAUUUUCCCCCAUGGACAGUGAAAUAACUAUGUGAAUAAUGUAUACACAUAUAUCUGCCUAAAUGUUAUAAAAAUUAUUUAUUAAUGAGAAUUUUCAUUCAUUC